AUGUUAGGACUAUCUUGUCUACAGAAGGUCAUUGAGGCUUUUCGUGUGUUAGCUUAUGGAGUUCCGGCUGAUGCUUUGGAUGAGUACAUUCGUAUUGGUGAGAGUACCACUCUAGAAGCUUUGAGAAAGUUUGUAGUUGAUGUUGUUGAGGUUUUUGGACCAGAGUACAUGAGAUUACCUACUGAACAUGAUACUGCUAGGUUGCUUGCAAUUGGAGCAAGCAGAGGUUUUCCUGACAAGGUCAUGGGACUCCAGAAGGCCUAUCUCCGUCGUAUCGCCUUCUUUGUCUUCGAGAUGUGGCUUGCAACCGUCUUUGCCCUGCUCAUCUUGUUUGCGCUCGCCAGCAUCGGCAGGUCCUCGCGCAUGCUGGAGAAGAGCUAUUACACUGAGACUGAAGUAGCUUCUCGUGGAGAUAGUGUCACAUCUCAAGAUCCUGCCGAGUCUGAAUUUGCAGAUUUGGCCCGGCUGCUGCCCAAGGUGGCCACCGACGACAGGACAGUGAUCAUCACGUCGGUGAACGAAGCGUUCGCGCGUCCCGACUCGCUGCUGGGCCUCUUCCGCGAGAGUUUCCAGGCCGGUGAAGGGAUCGGCCACCUCCUGAACAACGUCCUCGUCGUCGCCGUCGACGCCAAGGCGUUCAGCCACUGCAGGGCCGUGCACCCACACUGCUACCUCCUGGAGGUGAAGACCAUAGACCUCAGCUCCGCCAACAACUACAUGAGCGAGGCCUACAUUGAACUCGUCUGGACCAAGCUCUCCCUGCUGCAGCGCAUCCUGGAGCUCGGCUACAACUUCCUCUUCACGGACGUGGACAUCGUGUGGUUCCGCAACCCGUUCCGGCACAUCAGCGUGUUCGCGGACAUGACGACGUCGAGCGACGUGUUCUACGGAGACGCCGACGGACUGGACAACUGGCCCAACACGGGGUUCUUCUACGUGAAGGCGACGAGCCGGACGGUGGAGAUGCUGCGGCGGUGGCGCGCAGCGCGGGCGCGGUUCCCGGCGAACCACGAGCAGGCCAUCUUCAACGACAUCAAGCACGAGCUCGCCCGCGACCUGGGCGCGCGUGUCCAGUUCCUCGACACGGCGCGCUUCGGCAGCUUCUGCCGGAUCUUCCACAUCGACAUGGCCGCGGCGUGCACCAUGCACGCCAACUGCUGCGUGGGGCUCGGGAACAAGCUGCACGAUCUAAGGGACGUGCUGCGUCAAUGGAAGAAUUACACGGGCCUGACGCCGCAGGCGAAGAAGAGCCAGAAGUUCAUAUGGAAGGAUCCGGCCAAGUGCGGGACUCCGGACAAAAGAAAAAGGACACAUGAAUCUGAGAAAUGCACUACAUCAGCAUCAAUUGUGUGAGGCGGUACUAUCCAGCUCUUUUUUUGCAGAAGUCCUCUCGUAGUCAAAAGAAAUUCUAACCAGGUCCUAAAUUUCGCAGAAUA